CGUUAUCUGGUUGUUUAUUAUUGUGAUUGUUAUUCAUUUUAUUUAUGUUAAUUCCAUGAUAAUUUAACAUUGGUUUAUGCACAUAAUUUAAAAAUUAAAUAAUUUUUACAAAAACUUAUGUUCUGGAUUUAUUAUUAUAAAAUUAAAAGUGUGCCCGCGCGUGUUUUUGGAUAUGUGUGUUUCGAAUUAUAAAAUAAGAUACAAAAAGAGAAAUUAAAAUAUAUUCUUAAUAUAAAAAAAAGUGGAAAUAUAAAAGUGAAAGUGACUUGUAAUACAUUAUUUGUACAAUAAUAACUAUUACUAUCGUUCUGUAACAGUUUGGUGAAAGAUUGAAGUGUUCAGUCUAUUUUAAAAAUGGGUAAUAAUGAAAUAUCAUGCAUAGAUACUCCUUUUUUGUUACCUUCUGCAAAAAAGGAACAGCAUGAUUUGAUAGAGAAGGCAAUUGAUUGGGCACUUAUGCAUGGAAUGUGUAUGAGACCAAAAACAAAUUUUAACAAAAAUAUGUUACAGUUUGCACCAUUUAUUCUCUUACCAUCACCAUUUCCUAGAAAAGAAUUUGAAAAAGCUUGUAGUAUACAAACUAUAUUAAAUAUCCUUAUACAUAAAGUAGCUUACGAUUAUAAUUUUCUAAAAGAAACUUUACAAGAAACAAUAAAAGUUGAUAAUUUUACUAAAAAGCUUUUUGAUAUAUAUGAAACUGUUUAUAACGAAGGAUUUAUGCAGAAAAUUUCUUUGGGUUUACUUCGAUCAGAUUUAAUGUUAGAUACUAGUUGUGCAAAAGGAAAUGAAUAUAGAAAACAUAUACCUUAUUGUUGUUGGAAGCAAGUUGAGAUAAAUACAAUUGCUUCUGGAUUUGGAUGGUUGGGACCAGCAUCCACACAGUUACAUAGAUUUGUAUUGCAAGAACUUGGAUAUAAGGACCAGUUAAGUAAUCUUCCUGAAAAUAAUACAUUAGAAGAGUUAUGUACAGCUAUGAUUGAAGCAUGGAAAUUAUAUGGGAAUUCACAAGCUAUUAUUUUAUUUAUAGUAGAAGAUGUUUCUUAUAAUAUUUGUGAUCAACGUUUUCAUGAAUUUGAAAUAAGAAAGCAAAACCCUGAUAUAAAAGUAAUUCGCCGUACUUUGACUGAUAUGAUUACUCUUUCUAAAUUGGGGUUUAAUAAGGAAUUAAUAGUAGAAGAUUAUAUUGUAUCGGUAGUUUACUAUAGAUGUGGUUAUGAACCUGGGCAAUAUCAUACAGAAAAAGAAUGGGAUGUUAGAUUAUUAAUAGAAAGAUCUGUAGCAAUUAAAUGUCCAUCUAUACAAUAUCAUUUAGCAGGAACUAAAAAAGUUCAACAAGCUCUUGCAAAACCUGGAAUUGUUGCAAAAUUUUUGGAAGAUAAAAAAGAUAUAACGAACAUUAAAGAAAUAUUCACUGAUCUGUAUACUCUUGAUUUUGAUGAACAUGGAGAUAUAGCUAUAGAAAUGGGUAUUCAAAAUCCUGAACAAUUCGUAUUAAAACCACAAAGAGAAGGUGGAUGUAACAACGUGUAUGGAACAGAUAUAAAAAAGUUCUUGUUAUAUAUUAAAGAUAAACAAGAACGUGCAGCUUGGAUUCUUAUGGAUAAAAUUAUUCCACCAAUUCAUUUAAAUUAUAUGAUUAGACCAGAAAGCCAUAAUUAUUUAGGGCCAAAAGAAUUAGUUUCAGAACUGGGAAUUUUUGGUGUUAUUAUUGCUGAUGAUAAAAAUAUAUAUGUUAAUAAAAAGGCUGGUCAUAUGUUAAGAACAAAGUUAGCUACUGCCAAUGAAGGUGGAGUAGCAACUGGUUUAGGUGCAUGUGACAGUCCUUUGUUAAUAGAUUAGUAUACUUUUGACUAGUAUUAUUAUUAUUUUGAUUAGUAUUAUUUUCUACAAAUAAUAGAAAAUAAGUAAUGAUUAACUAGCAAAGUAAUGUUAAUUAACAUAUAAUUGUUUUACAAAUUGUCUACAUUAUUAAAAAGAUUUAUUACAAAUAAUAUUAAGUCCGUUUUUGAAGUACGAAACAAUAAGUUUCUUUUUUAUUAGCAGCUAUUUAUAAAAUAUACAUAGAAUUUUAGAAUCAUCAUACAUAAUGCAAGAAAAUAUAAAAUAUUUAUAUAAAAAUUAUUGGUAUAUAUUUGCAUAGGUUUAUUCUUAUGAUUUCACUUUGUAAUAUCUUUAUACAUAAGGCUUUUAUAUUUAAUUACACACACACUUUAAUAUAUAAAAAUGAAAAUAAAAUAUAUGUAUGUAUGUAUGUAUGUAUCUACGAACGUAUGUAUGAUAAAAUAUAUU